UGUCUGAAGGGGACGUGGCUACAGCGCAGUUACGGUCCUCCCCUCUCCUCUUCUUCUCUGCUGUCUGACCUGAAGCUGAAGCGCGUCCAUCAACUUUUGCAUCUGUUAGUGAUACGUUUAUUUGCCUUGUUUGCGCUCAUUUGUUACCUCACCUUCAGUCAUGACCACACAGGGCAGCGCGCUGUGAGAAGCGGCUGGCAGAACAGCAGCAGCGUCCAGCAGGACCCUGGUGUUAAACGAACUCAGACAUCAGCACAGGAUGUGUUGACAUCUCCUGUUGUUUCUUCAGCUUUCCUCUCUGAAAUGGAGCUCUAUGUGCAGGGCUCCUCUUCAAACAUAUCCAAACUGUUCCCCAAUACCAGCAUGCCACCAAACGGCACCGGGAAUUACACCAACGACCAGUCCACUGAAGUCAACCUCUUUGAAAUCCUGGGUCCCAAAAGAUCUCCCUUUUUCCUCCAGGUGACUAGUGUUUACCUUCUCAUCUUCCUCAUUGGCUUGUCUGGAAAUCUGCUCACAUGUGCAGUGAUAGCAAAGCACAAGAAGAUGCGAAACCCCACCAACCUCUACCUGCUGAGCCUCGCUGUGUCGGACCUCCUCGUGCUUUUGUUUGGGAUGCCCCUGGAGAUUUAUGACCUGUGGCAGAACUACCCGUUCCCCUUCGGUGAGGGUGGCUGCUACUUCAAGACCUUCCUCUUUGAGACGGUCUGCUUCGCCUCAAUCCUCAAUGUGACAGCUCUGAGCGUGGAGCGGUACAUAGCUGUGGUGCACCCACUCAAAACACGAUACUUGUCGACUAAUCAGCACGCCAAGCAGGUCAUCACCAUCGUGUGGGUGGUGUCAAUGAUCUGCGCCAUCCCCAACACCUCGCUGCAUGGCAUCUUCUACCUGCCAGAGAGGAAGGAGGAGUCGGCCAUAUGCACUGUGUUGAAGCCCCUGUGGAUCUAUAACAUGGUCAUGCAGGUCACCACUGUGUGCUUCUACUUUGUCCCCAUGAUGGUGAUUAGCAUGCUGUACCUGGUGAUGGGUCUUCACCUGGGCAGAGAAACACGGCAGCCCCGUGGGAGCCUGGGAAAGAACUGCAGCAGCAACACUCGAAGGAAGAUCAGCGUGGAGAGUGGGCGCAGGAGACAGGUCAUCAAGAUGCUCUCGAUCGUCGUUGCUGUGUUCGGAGUCUGCUGGGCGCCCUUCCACAUCGAGCGGCUCCUGUGGAGUUCAAUCAGCCAGUGGACCGACAUGAUGCACAAUAUUUAUCAGUAUGUCCACAUCCUGUCGGGUGUCCUCUUCUACCUCAGCUCUGCGGUCAAUCCUAUCAUCUACAGCCUGCUCUCCACGCGGUUCAGGGAGUGUUUCCGGGAACUUGUGUGCUCCCAGACGGAUGACAGCAGCUCUGUCAGAGACUCGCCGCCCUUCCCUAAGAUUUUACUGGAUCCCUCUGUGUCAAGCUCCAGAGCUCGGGCCGAGGGUAAGGACUUGAAUGCUUUCAUCCCUUUGCUAUCUCCCAAAAUUACGCUGAGCAUGGACACUGCAAUCCUCACAUGCGCAUGUAAAGAGACGACCUGCAAGACCUCUGUGUUCUAAUUGGGAUUUGAUUUGAAUAAGCUAACAAGCAGCUGAUGCAGAACCACUUUAGAUGAGUAGCUUGACAUUUUGCAAAUACACUAAUUUGCGUUCUUGCUGAGAGUUUGCCAAGAAAAUGGACUCUCACACUGUAUCUGUCUGUUCACUAUGAAGCUAGAGCCAGCAGCUUAGCUUAGCAUAAAGAUGCAUAAAUGCUGGAAAUAUGGGGGAAACAGUUUUCUUGGCUCUGUCCAAACGUACAAAAAUCCACUAACCAGCACAUCUAAUGCACACUAAUUAACAUAUUACUGCAUAUCUCAUAUUUUAGCACUGUUUCUAGUCUUUAUACAAUGCUAAGCUAACUGUGCUCAGUUUCAUAUUUACUAUAGGCUACAGAUGUGAGAGUGGUAUUGAAUGAGUGAAUUUCUCAAAAUGUUGAACUAUUCCUUUAAACGUAUUUCAUGUCAUUAAAGAGCUUGUACGUACUCUUUGAUUUGACUUGGUUUCUUUGUUACUAUGGAUGAUAUUGUUCAACAGUGCCUGCAUAUUCCACCUGCUGUCUUAUGCUGUAUCUGUUAUAUGCCUUAUAGGGUGAACCCAGUGGGGAAGUGGGACAAUCAAAAUCUGAUCUGAAUGAUAAUAUGUUGUACUUGAUUAAUCCUGUUCUUAUUUUUUUGGUUGGAAAAUUGUUGUGUUGCUGUGCUGGGCAGCAAAAACAGGUCAACUCAGUCCCAGUGUUUCAGUGGAACUUGUGGAACAAAGAAUGUACUGCUUUACUGUAAGCUUUCCCUAAUCUUGUUUUGUCUCUCUGUGGUCGAGCGGUCAGCCAUCAUGUACGUGAUGUGAUUGAUUGGUAAACUCUUGUUCACUGUGAUUGCAGAUAUGAAAAGUGAUUAUGGCUAUUGUGAAAUGCCUAAUUUAAAAGCGACACAAAUAAAUGUCUAA